AUGCCACCCUUACUCAACGCUUCAUUUUAUGGGCUUCUCCUUCUUCCUCCGCUCCUCAUUCGAAACUCCCCGUCCUUACUCCGUCUAUCUCCAGUCCCAUCUUCAACUUCAAUUUGUGGCCGAUUUUCUACCUCAGUCAUGUCUUAUCGCCCGAAUCAGCAAAGGGGCAGGCGCGGCGGCGGAGGAGGAGGCCGCCGUGGUGGUGGUGGAGGUGGCGGCCGAGGUGGACGUGGUGGCGGUGGUGGUGAGCAGCGAUGGUGGGACCCUGUUUGGAGAGCUGAACGCCUCCGACAAAAUGCCGCUGAGAUGGAGGUGAUGGAUGAAAAUGAAUGGUGGGGAAAGUUGGAGCAAAUGAAGAGAGGGGGAGAGCAGGAGAUGGUUAUAAAGCGGAGGUUCAAAAGAGAGGACCAAGAUAUACUGGCAGAUAUGGCUUAUCAACUAGGGCUUUACUUCCAUGCAUACAACAAAGGAAGAGCACUGGUUGUCAGCAAAGUUCCGUUGCCAGACUACAGGGCUGAUCUUGAUGAGCGUCAUGGGUCCUCAACAAAAGAGAUAAGGAUGUCUUCAGAGACAGAGUCAAAAGUGGGACAACUGCUUACAAGUUCUCAGCGUAGAAAUGCUAGUGAUAGUGCCACACCUUCUUCGACGCCCUCUCAGACUCCAAAACUGUCGUCCAAUGAAGCAGUGGUGCCGGAACCUCUUAAGUCAUCUAAGACUGAUGCAGACAUGGACAAACUUAAUCUCGAACUUAAACAGAGACAAGAAAAGCUGAGGGAGAGUGAAAGCGUGAAGGCAAUGGUUUUAUUCCGGGAGAAACUUCCUGCAUCAAAAGUAAAGUCAGAGUUUUUGAAGGCAGUUAUGUCCAACCAGGUAUUGGUUGUUUCUGGAGAGACAGGUUGUGGUAAGACAACACAGCUACCUCAAUUUAUUUUGGAGGAGGAGAUAUCAGCCCUACGUGGGGCAAGUUGCAACAUAAUCUGUACACAACCACGUCGUAUUUCUGCCAUAUCUGUUGCUGCUAGAAUAGCCUCGGAAAGGGGAGAGAACCUUGGUGAAUCUGUAGGUUACCAGAUUCGAUUGGAAUCUAAUCGGUCUGCUCAAACAAGAUUAUUGUUUUGCACCACGGGGGUGCUGCUUAGACGCUUGAUUCAGGACCCAUACUUAGAAGGAGUUACCUAUCUACUAGUUGAUGAGAUUCAUGAAAGAGGCAUCAACGAGGAUUUCCUACUAAUAAUUUUGAAAGACCUCCUUCCUCGUCGGCCUGAUAUGCGUCUUGUUUUAAUGAGUGCUACAAUCAAUGCUGAUUUGUUCUCCCAAUACUUUGGAAAUGCACCAACCAUUAGUAUCCCGGGGUUUGUAUAUCCAGUGGCUGAAUUAUUCCUGGAGGAUGUAUUGGAGAAAACACGUUACCGUAUCACAUUGGAGUCUGACAAUUUUUCAGGAAAUUCGAGGGGAAGAAGGCGACAGCAAGAGAACAACAACAAGGCAGAUCCCUUAGCGGAGUUGUUUGAGGAAGCAGAUAUUGAUUCGCACUACAAAAGUUACAGUGGAAGUACAAGACAGUCUCUUCAAGCAUGGUCUCCUUCAAAGCUUGAUUUGGGUCUUAUAGAAUCAACCAUCGAGUACAUUUGCCGCAAUGAAAGUGAUGGAGCGCUCCUUGUUUUCCUUACCGGAUGGGAUGAUAUUACAAAGCUGCUUGAUAAAGUUAAAGCAAACAACUUUCUAGGGAAUUCUGGCAAAUUCUUAGUCCUCCCUCUUCAUGGUUCAAUGCCUACAGUCAAUCAACGUGAAAUUUUCAGUCGUCCACCCCCUAAUAUGAGGAAAAUUGUGUUGGCAACUAACAUUGCCGAGAGUAGUAUUACCAUAGAUGAUGUUGUCUAUGUUAUAGAUUGUGGGAAGGCAAAGGAAAAUAGUUAUGAUGCUCUUAACAAACUGGCUUCUCUCCUACCUUCCUGGAUCUCGAAGGCUUCGGCACAUCAGAGACGUGGUCGUGCUGGACGUGUACAGCCUGGAGUUUGUUAUCGAUUGUACCCUAAAAUAAUCUAUGAUGCUAUGCCUCAGUAUCAACUUCCAGAAAUACUUCGAACACCUUUGCAAGAGCUGUGUCUGCAUAUCAAGAGCUUGCAGCUAGGAGAUAUCAGUUCGUUUUUGUCUAAGGCACUGCAACCCCCUGAUCCUCUUGCUGUUCAGAAUGCAGUUGAACUUCUGAAAACAAUUGGAGCUUUGGAUGAUUCUGAAGAGCUGACCCCACUUGGACGCCAUCUUAGCACUCUGCCCCUGGACCCAAAUAUUGGAAAAAUGCUUCUCAUGGGUUCUAUCUUUCAGUGCCUUAAUCCGGCAUUAACGAUUGCUGCAGCUCUUGCUCAUCGUAACCCAUUUGUCCUUCCGAUAAAUAGGAAGCAAGAAGCUGAUGCUGCAAAAAGAUUUUUUGCCGGUGAUUCCUGCAGGUUAGGUUAUUAA